GAUAGUUCAUUUAAUCGCAAGUCUAUGUCGACACAUUUAUUUUAUUUAAUUUAAUUUCGUAUAGUUAAAGAACGCUGUGCGUUAGCUGCUUUUUGCGGACAGAACUCUAGCAAACGGAGCAGAACACUUACUACAGGCAUAAUGAGUGCGACAACCGAGCAACAGAAACAGACGAGCUUUGACAACGCUCAGGGUGAUGGACAGCCCAGUUCGUCAGCCUCAUCCUCAUCACAGCCACAAGGACAACAGGAGCAACAGCAACCGCAAACAUCACAAAAUGCACCGGCAAAGCUAUUGCAGCACUUUCAAACAAAUCGCAUCGACUCGGCUCUGUGGGCGCUGCGUCUGCUUGUCAUCUUUUUUACCGUUAGCUAUGUGUUGCCCAUAUUCACCUCACAACAGAGUUCUUUCAACAAGGUUCUGCUAGCGAAUGCAGCCAUCUCCGCGCUGCGUUUGCAUCAGCGUGUGCCCGCCUUCUCGUUCAGCCGCGAAUUCUUGGCUCGUUUAUUUGCCGAAGACUCGUGUCAUUAUAUGAUGUACUCGUUGAUCUUCUUUAGCAUUCGUCCCACUCUGCUGGUGCUCAUACCCAUUGCGCUCUACUCAGUGCUGCAUGCGGCCAGCUACUCGCUCAAGCUAUUGGAUCUGAUUGGUCAGAAUUCUUGGUGGGGCGCACGUUUCAUUAUCUCAAUUGUGGAAUUCCAGGCAUCCAAUAUACUAAAGGCUACCGCAUUCUGCGAGAUUUUCAUUAUGCCUUAUGCCAUUGUGUUAACUUUUAUGGCUCACGCUAGUUUGAUGACUCCAAUCAUCUACUAUCAUUAUCUGGUCAUGCGUUAUAGCUCGCGCCGUAAUCCCUAUCCCCGCACUGCUUUUGCCGAGCUACGCAUUACCUUUGAGGCGCUGGCAGCUCGUUCUCCACCCGCAGUUGGCAAGAUCAUUCGUGGAGGUAUUGGAUUCGUCAGUCGCCUGGCUCCACAGCCGCAGCCAGCGCCGGCGCAGUAGAGCCCAGAACAUAACUAACAA